AUGGAUAGAGAUAAUUACUGCGGAGUACUUUUCCUUAUGCUCAUAAUUUUUUUAAUCGGUUUUCCAGUUUGAUGUGGCGUUUACUUUGGGAUUUACUAUCCUCUCGAAGUAAAAUCCUGGCACUCCUCUACAUGCACAAUUAUGUUGAAAAGUUAAAAUGAUUAUGCUAACUAUAAGAGGAUAGACCAAUAACAGUCGUCCACCUUGGCUCCAAAAGGCUGCCCUUUUAGAUUUUCGGCCUGAACCACCUGUGAAGGGGAUUAGCACCCUUGGGUAGAGUCAACGUUUUGAAAGUGCCUGAAUGGUUCCGAUGAGAGAAUGCUAUCUAAUAGGCAAAGCCGGUCUAGCCUAUCUGGGAGGGAUAUAGAAAAACCAUCGGGGGAGAAAACAAAGCACCCUCUUUCAGCAGACUUUCCAUUGAGAUAAUCUACUUAUCUCUCGAAGAGCUCACUUCUGCCACCCCUCCGCUCCAUCAGGAGAUGCCGCCUUGGACUCCUAUUUCCGUAAACGUCACCUUUUUAUUAAUUUUGAACAAUUAUGGGCAUUACCUCAUACACAACAAGUUAUAUGAGAUGACAUACUUAUGUCCAAUAUAAAGUUGCUGUAGAAGUUGACGGGAAAUCAUAUCCUGGAUAUGGAUGUAGUUCAAGCGGACAAAAUGACAGGCCUGACACCUUACAAAUAGAAAACACCUACGCUUAUAAAUAUUCACAUUGUGGCGACUAUUGGGAGUUUGGCGAUAAAUGCAGAUCAAGCCAAAAAUUUUUGCCACGCUGGAUGUGCACCCCAUUAGAAGGUGCUGGGCAAUUUCUAGUGGGGGAAAAAGUUGAUUGUAAAUGGUAUCUAAAUAGUGAUGACGGUGAAACUGAUCCUGCUAAUAUUGAUGAGUUUACUUAUCCAGGCAAAUCUGGAACAACUAUUGAAGUAUUGUUUAGUGACGGAAUAAAUUACCCAAUUGACGAUUAUAAUGCGACGUGGGUAAUUCCAUUUGGCAUUUUAUCAGUGAUUCCUUGCAUAUUUAUUAUUUUUUGUGCUCUUCCUGGCCUGAUGGGCGGAUUUCAAAAAUCUAAAUGGAAUAGAGCAAAAGACUAUUGCAGCGACUGCUGUGCGGCAUUAUGAUGCAAGAAAGGGUAUAUCCCGAGCAGGAUUAGGAAUUUAAAGCCUAAUACUGAGUCAAUUUUUAAAAGAAAGGCUGGGUUUUUAUAUGUGUAUAGCGCAAGCCUCAUUUUAGAUCCCUAAGGACAAGUGCUUUUAGAUAAAAAAUUUAAAUUUUAAAUUAAGGAAAAAUCUGAAAAGUCAAUUUUCUUACUUACUUAAUUACUUAAUUUAACUCGACCUAUAAUUGGGCCCCUAGAUGCACAAUGCCGCAAGGGCAUAUUUUUUCUCCGUCUUGUCGCUACUCGUGUACUCGAGUCGGGCCUCGCUAUACGGCUCGCUCCUUCUAAUCCCCGUGAAGCCAUUUGGGAUUCCAGAAGUACGGGAAACACUAGCGGCUUGGCGCGUUGCCUCGCUCUGUCCGACUUUCCUCCAGCGCCUGUUCGGCCUAAGGGUCCUGCCUUUUAUAUCAGCAGGGGAAAGAGGUAAAACACGCUGUAUAAGGCUGGCGAGAUAAAAAGUCCUCGCCAUUUUACACUACCUUGUACAGAAGUCCACGUGUAAAAACCUAACCCUAUAAUAAUAAAAGCGGGUGAGAAGGAGAGGGAAUUCACGGAGUGAAUUACCCUAUCCGCCGAAGCCAUUUUAUUAUUAUGAAAAGUCAAUUUUCAAAUUGACAAAUAGGACAUAUAUAAUGACAUUUUUAAAUUGAUAUUUGGCUUUUUGGAAUUUUUUGGAAUUUCAAAAUAAUUUUUUCUUUGAAGGGCAUUUUCCUUGAAAAUCUAUCGGGGAGCACGCGCUAUAUUUGUGUUUAAAGAAUUCAGGACUCCCUAUUAAGGAGAGGUAUAUUCGUGAUAUUGCUGACUAUAUCGGAUAA